GAGGAUCGAAGCGGGGUCGGUGACGCCUCCAGAGACACGUCAGCCACACGGAAGCUCCGGUUGUUCCUCAGACAGCUGAGCUGCUAGUGAACCUGCUCUGAGAAUCCGAUUGUCAAAAUGGGUGGCUUCUUCUCCAGCCUGUUCUCCGGCCUGUUCGGUACCCGAGAAAUGAGGAUCCUCAUCCUGGGGCUGGACGGCGCCGGGAAGACCACCAUCCUCUACCGGCUGCAGGUCGGCGAGGUGGUCACCACCAUCCCGACCAUCGGCUUCAACGUGGAGACUGUCAGCUACAAGAACCUCAAGUUCCAGGUGUGGGACCUGGGAGGACAGACAAGCAUCAGGCCCUACUGGCGGUGCUACUACUCCAACACAGACGCGGUCAUCUACGUGGUGGACAGCAGCGACCGGGACAGGAUGGGCAUCUCAAAGUCAGAGCUGGUGGCCAUGCUAGAGGAGGAGGAGCUAAAGAAGGCCAUCCUGGUGGUGUUCGCUAACAAGCAGGACAUGGAGCAGGCCAUGACCCCCACCGAGGUGGCCAACGCCCUGGGGCUGCCCUGCCUCAAGGACAGGAAAUGGCAGAUCUUCAAGACCUCGGCCACCAAGGGCACCGGCCUGGACGAGGCCAUGGAAUGGUUGGUGGAGUCCCUGAAGAGCCGGCAGUAGAUGUCUGUGUGACCACCCCCCCCCAUGCCUUCUCUGUACAUACUCCGUGAUCUUUGAACCCCCCACCCCCCCCUUGCUGUAUAAAGCCUCCCGAUUGGCCUUCCCCAUGCCCCACCCAAAACGCCUUUCCACACACACCAGAGACUGAAGCGCCUUACUCCAGUCCUCCUGCCUCGGUCCGAUGGUGGCCACGCUGGGGGACGUCGUUCGUGGGUCAUCUGUGAACGGUUACGGGGCUGGUUUCACCGGGGGGGGGGGGGGGGGGGGGGGGGAGUAUAACUUGUGUUUAAACCAUGUGAUUCGACUCUACUCCUCCACGCCGAGCAGACGACUCUUUCAGAUGCUCUGUACGUUUGAUUCCGUUACGGCCGCCAGACUUCGGAGAACCGUGGAACACCAGACGUGUAGCUUAUGCCAACCCUUGACUAUACAUUCAUACGUUCUGUUUGAGGUGAGGUGGUUUAGUCGAGCGACGGAGCGGUUCAAGUCAGCGGAUGUUCACUGUUUUUCUUAUCCCGAAGUAUCCGCUAUUGAAACUUGUGACCAAAACUACUGAAGAUAAGGGGGGCUGACCAGCCCCCCCCCCAUCCCCUCCCCCACUCCCCCUUUCUGUCUCAAUCAGGCCCGUUAAUACCUUUUGUGUUUCCACUAUUUUUUUUAAGGGAUGUUCUUUACAAGAUAAAACUUUACCUGUUGAAAUCCAGGAUUGCAUGUUAGUCAUUUAGUUACUGAACACUAACUGUUGAAGAAUUGUAUACCCAAAGUUUUAUGAUUGCAUAUUUAUAUUUGCUUGUAUACUGUAAAUGAUACAUAGUAAAGACUGCUUUCAGUGAUUGUACCAUUUUGAAAUCAUUUUGCGUUCUUGAUUGUGACAUCAAACUGUUCAUAACACUGCACGGCCAUCAUUUGAAAGGUUUUAAUGUCAACAUCCCUAAAAAGAGCCCAAUAGUAUCUGGUCAAUUCAGCAGUGCUCUAAUCAGCACAAUAUACAAAGCCACAGAAAAAGAGUUCCUGUCAUGACAAACAUGUAAAGAACAUUAAGGGAUCGUUUAAAAUAUUGCCGGGGAAGGCUCUGUCGCCGGGCAGACGUCGUCCAUGUCGGUGCCAGUUUUUGUCCACAAUCCUCCUUUUGUAUGUUGGUCGCGCUUCAGAUCCGAUGUGGGUAUUGGCUUCUUUUGUUCUCUCUGUGGCCCUACAAAGUGAACCAGACCCCAAAACACA